CACGCAGUUAUUGUGGCUGAAGCGCAAAGCUCAACUUCAGCAUUCAGCACCUGACCUCAGCAUCAGGAUCAGCAGUUCAGUGUGGAUGCCGGUAUGAAGACCGUGUGGCGUUGUACAACGAAAACAUGGUAGAAAUGUACUGGAAUUUGUCGUAUUGAUACGGGAAAAGGCUACGUCCAUUUAACAAUCUUUUUGCUGCAAUGGUAACAUUAACGAAAUUCGUGCUCAUCGCAAUUGUUUAUGCUUUUUCAGGAAUUCUCACACAUAUAACGGCAUCACGUGUACUUGAAUUAAGCGACAGAUUCUUGGACAUUCAUAAAGAUGGACAAUGGCUAGUAAUGAUGUAUGCACCGUGGUGCGCACACUGUAAAAGAUUAGAACCAAUUUGGGCCCAUGUAGCACAACAUUUACAUGCGACAUCAAUACGUGUAGGGCGUGUUGAUUGCACUCGAUUUACAAGUGUAGCACAUGCUUUCAAAGUCAAAGGAUUUCCAACCAUUCUAUUUUUAAAAGGAGAACAGGAGUUUACAUACCAUGGAGACAGAACGAGAGACGAGAUAGUAAAAUUUGCGUUAAGGGUGAGUGGUCCACCAGUUCAAGAGAUAACAAAAACUCAAAGUUUUGACACAAUUAAAAGAGAACGCGGCUUAUACUUUUUGUAUGUCGGAGAGAAAGUUGGACCAUUAUGGGAAUAUUACCACAAGACUGCAGAUGUGUUCCAACCGCAUGCGUUUUUCUAUCAGUCUCAUCCAGGUGUUGUCAACAAGCAUGCUCCAGUAGAAAGUGUUCCAGCAUUAUUUGUUUACAAAGAAAAUUAUCAUUACAAUUUUACUGGUCAUACUACAAGUGAUAUAGAACAAUUGAAUGACACGUUGUACAAGUGGAUAAACUCGGAACGUUUUCCAACGUUCCCAAAAGUGACCAGAGGAAAUAUAAAUCAAUUGUUUUUAACAAAUAAAAAUUUGGUUCUAGCAGUUGUGGAAGAGAAUCAAUUAGAGAAAGUACCACCACACAUGUUGCGGUUCAAAGAUAUGGUGGAGUCUAUAAUUAAAAGCAAACGAGAAAAAUAUCACGACCACUUCCAAUUCGGUUGGAUAGCUAGUCCUGAACUAGUCAAUAGUAUAGCGAUGAUGGUUCUUCCUUUGCCAAGUUUAAUUGUUAUUAACACUACGACAAAUCAUCAUCACAUUCCAGAGGAUGAAACAGAAAAAUUAACGCCUCAUGUGAUAGAGUUGUUCCUAGAGCAAAUUCGUAACGAAAGCGCUCCGCGAUACGGUGGAAACAGUUGGCUAAUACAUAUUUACAGAUCAUGGUUUGAAUUGAGAACAACUCUUACUGCUAUGUGGAUGGGAAAUCCUAUCUUGACAAUGGUUUUAUUCGGUUUACCAGCUGGCUUUUUAUCAUUAAUAUGUUAUGGAAUUUGCUGCCCAGACAUUCUAGAUGCAAAUGACGAAGAAGAAGAACAAUCAGGGACAAAUCACAUGAAGAAAGACUAAAAGCACUUAAGUUACGAUUAUUUUUAUUAAAUAAUUUUGUGAGUCUUGGCAAUGUGGAGACCUAUGUAUUUUUACUUAAUAUUUUGUAAACUCUAAUUUAAUAUGGUAAGUUCUACAAAAUUAAGAUUGAAUUAUUCAAAUUA